AUGGCCGCCGAAGCAGCUUCCUCCCAGGCCCAGGCCGGCCCGUCCAAGUCGGCUCCCCUCCAGCAAGAGGGCCCUGCCCGCUACUGGGCCCGCGACGGCUUCUUCCUCAGCACCGACAAGACCUUUCUCGACCCCUUUGCCGUCAACGAAAUCUUUGACACGGACCUCAUGUGGUGGAACGACCCCCUCGACAUUGACCAGAUGCGCAAGAUGCUCUCCAACUGCAUGACCCUGGCCAUCUACUCUGUGCCCGACACGGCCGCCGAGAUGAAGAGCAACGGUGGCCUCCCCCGCGAAACGUCCGGCCCCAACUGCAAACUCGCCGGCCUGUGCCGCGUGGUCACCGACUACGUCACCUUUGCCUACCUCACCGACGUCUUCAUCCUCGAGGACUACCAGCGCCGCGGCCUCGCCUCGUGGAUGAUGCGCGCCCUCAAGGAGGUCGUCGACGGCUGGCCCAACCUGCGCGGCCUCGUCCUCAUGACCCACGACUCGGCCGCGGCGCGCAUGUACCAGCGUGAGCUUGGCGCCCUCGGCUUCGACGAGGGGCCCUCGGCCGGUCUUGUCGUGCUCGAGAUGCCCGGCAACGGUGUCAAGGACGUUCCCGAGGACCACUAA